AGCACAAACGAUGCUCCUUUCUAAAAUUUCCUCAGUUCUAUGAUAUGCUUCCAUGGGAAAGAAAAGUGAUUGUGAUCGAUUGUUGUAAAUGAGGCGACAGCUUGGGGAAAAACUAAUGAAUUUCUUAUUUUUGAAUCUGCGCGCGUGGUUGGGUGGAGGAAGCUGAAGUGGACAGAGGAGGGAGAUUUGAACAGGAUUGUUGCAGCUUCUUGCUUAACUUUCAGGCCGCAAAAGGAAUAAAAAAAUUUCAUUUUGGAUACUUUACAUGAGACUGGUUUCUUCAGAUAUCCACAACGUAUUAAUUAAAUUCACAAGAUCUCUGUCUCAAUCAAGUUAUGGCUUUGAUAGCUUGCCUUCGCCCGCUGUCCGGUCCUUUACAGCCAUGGUUGCUCCCCAUUGCAGACGACAGCAAGACCAAGCCGCUUUACCAUCCAAUCUCGUCUCCGCUCUUCGGUACGCCAAAACUCAUCGCCUGCUAUCUGUUGGAAAGAUGGUCCACGGUCUCCUUGUUCGAUCUGGGUUGGAAUUUGAUGUCUAUAUUUCUAAUAAUCUGCUUUGUGCGUACCUGUCAAGUGGUGCGAUUGUUCACGCACGCAAUAUGUUCAGGCAAAUGCUUGUACGAGAUUCGGUUUCCUGGAACAUUAUGAUAUCAGGGCUUGUUAACCUGGGGCUUUAUAGAGAAGCAUUUGUUUGCUUCGGAGACAUGAUACGACUCGGAACUCUCCCAACCCACCCUAGCUUGGUAUCCGUCAUUGUCGCAUGUGCUGAAAUGGGAAAUUCAAUAUAUGCUCUGCAAGCUCACAGCUUUAUCAUCAGGUUUGGUUUUUCUUCUUUUGCUUUUGUGGGAAACUCACUCUUGAAGUGUUAUGUUGAAUAUGGAGAUUAUGAAGAUUGGCAGAAGUUGUUAGAUGAUAUGCCUGCUUUGGAUGAUAUUUCUGUUCAGAUUUUGUUGAGAGGAUGUGUUAGCCAUAAUAUCUUCAGUUUCGCAGUCGAAUUGUUUAAGCACUCACGCUCAAUUGGCUUGCAUGUUAGCCCUUACACAAUCACUAGCUUAGUGAGUCUAUGCUCAAGUCCUGAUAAUGCAACUUUCGGUGUCCAAAUUCAUGGUUUUUCUGAAAAAGUAGGUAUGGUUAUGGAUGCUUCAGUCGUUAAUUCUCUAAUAACAAUGUAUUCAAGAUCCUAUACUUUACAUGAUGCAGAAGAUCUGUUUGAGUUGUGUGUUGCAAAAGAUAUAGUUACCUGGAACUCUCUCAUCAAUGGCUAUGCAUAUAAUGGAGAGGGUGAUGCUGGCUUCAACCUUGUUCAAAGGUUGCUGUCUAGUGGAAUUUUGCCUAAUGAAUCUACUUUUCUGAGCUUCCUAUCUUGUUGUGCUACCAUUGUUGUUCUCCAGAAUGUGAGAAAAGCACAUGCUUUGAUUCUCAAACUUAGAGAAGGCUUUGAGCAAUGGACUGAUACUGUUAUAUUGACCAUGUAUUGUAGAACUAAGAGUAUAGGAGAUGCUGCUGUUUCUUUCCAUGCUACCAAAGUUAAGGAUGCUUUGUCAUCAAAUUUGAUAAUGGGGUUAUAUAGGAGCUGUGGUCGCCAUGACGAGUCGAUAAACCUCUUUCACAUACUUCAAUCUCAAGGCUCACAGGUGGAUGAAAUGAUGUUCUACGGCGUCCUUUCUAGCUCUUCCAGACUGGGAUUUCUAGAUUUUGGAUGCCAGAUUCAUGGUUGGGUCAUAAAGAAUGGGUUUGAUGAAAUUUCUCACCUCAAAAACUCUAUUUUAGAACUAUACUCUCAAUGUGGAGGAGUGGAUGAUAUGGAGAGGGCUUUUGAGGAAUCUGAGAAAGCUGAUUUAUUUUCAUGGAACAUGAUGCUCAUGGGAUAUGCGAAAAUUGGUUUCUUCCACAAAAUUAUUACUAUUUGGCAUGAUAUGCUGAAGUUAGAUAUUAAGCUUAAUGAGUUCUCUUAUUCUGCUUUACUGCAUGCAUGUUGCCAUGCUGACUUGCUGUUGAUUGGGGAGCACAUCCAUGCUGUGAUCCACAAGAUGAGGCUAGCAUUUGAUAUAGCACUGAUGAAUUCUUUGCUGACCAUGUACUCAAAUUGUAAGCAAAUGGAGAAAGCUCAUUUGGCCUUUCAGGAGAUCCCUUCACCAGAUUCUGUAUCAUGGAAUGCCAUGGUUUCAGGUUACACACAAAAUGGAUUUCCAGCAGAAUCUAUUGAACUUUUUGUGAGGAUGAACGAAAAUGGAAUUGAGACAAACGAAAUGACUUAUGCGAGCAUCUUUUCCUCGUGUUCUUCGAUUGCAAACCUGAAAUUGGGGUUUCAGUUCCAUGCUCAAACAGUCAAAAGAGGAUUUGAUUUAAACUUAUCUGUUUCAAACUCGCUCAUCACAAUGUAUGCCAGAUGCGGUAACAUACAUGAGUCAUCCCAGAUUUUUCGUAGAACCAAGGAACCGGAUCUUAUCACUUGGAAUUCGAUGAUAAAUGCGUAUGCCCAUCAUGGGCUUGGGAAGGAGGCGAUUUCUUUGUUUGAAGAAAUGAAUAGUUUUAGCGAGAAGCCGAACAACGCGACCUUUAUGGGGAUUCUUUCGUCUUGUAGUCGAGCGGGUUUGGUUUCUGAAGCAUGCCAUCAUUUCAAAAUCAUGGAGGAGGUUUAUGGGAUUAUGCCAAGCGAAGAGCAUUGUGCUUGCUUGGUUGACACAUUGUGUAGGGCAGGUAAAUUGUGGGAUGCUAAGUUGUUUAUAGAGAGCAUGCCUGUUCAAAAUUGUUCUUUAGUUUGGAGAACAUUAUUAAGCUUUUGUCGAUUAAAUGGAGAUGUUAAGCUUGCAGAGGUGGCAGCAGAGAAAAUAAUUGAUUUGGAACCGUGUGAUUCGGCUCCAUAUGUCAUCCUAUCUGACUUGUAUGCCUAUGUAGAUGAUAGAACCAUGAAGAAUCAUUUGAGGAGGUUAAUGGAGAAUAGAGGAGUGAAAAAAGAAGCUGGGUUAAGUUGGACUUCUAGCUAGAUUUGUUCAGCUGUUUAUGCUUUUGGUAAACAAGAACAUGGUAGCAAGUUUGAAGAGCUCGGAUAAGAUGUAGGUUGCCCAAUUAACAUUUUUUCCUCCUUUUAUAAACAUUUGUUUUUAUAUUGAAGUGGCCUGAGGCAUGUUUAUGUUGAAACAAUUUAACUCAAAAUUAAGAAAGAAUUUAAUUCAAACAAGUUCAAACUCGGCUAAUCAGGUGUUUGUGAAGUCUGAUGAGCUGUAACUUAAU